GCCAAGUGCAUGAUGCUCACCUCAAAAUCCCGUGCAGAAGAGUAUCAAUCUGAAGGGAACAGCUGCAGACCCAAUGAAAGACUUAAUCACAGCCGUGGUUUAUUUUCCCAUAGGCUAUUCCCAACAAAAGAGCUUGAACAAUGCUGCAUUUGCAUCAGGUUCAAAUGAGCGAGAGGAACAUUUGGCUAAAAUAUUUGAUGAAAUUCUACUGCAGGUGUUUCCAAAGUUUCCGUAUGACCCAUCAUCUAACGAAGCAACAGCAGUCAGAUCCAUUACAAAGACAGACAUGAGAAAAGGAACCAGCGUUGCUUGGAAUUCUCCUAAACCAGAAUAUUUCCUUGGCAGUGUGGACAAAAUUCCUGAUAAAGAUCACCUUUCAGAGGAGAAGAAUUAUAAAGAAUCCUGUCUGUUCGACAGGGAUUUAAGAGAGCAGUUAACUACUGUAGAUAAAGAAACACUUCAAGGAGCAGCUAAACCAGAUGCUCACUUUAGGACUAUGCCCUGCGGGCAGCUUCUGCACUUCCUGCAGAGGAACACCAUCAUCGCCGCCGUCUCAGGGGUGGCCAUCCUCAUGGCCAUCGUGCUGUUGCUGCUUGGGUUGGCCUCAUACAUCAGGAAGAAACAGCCAUCAUCUCCUCUGGCAAACACAACAUAUAAUAUUUUUAUAAUGGAUGGAAAGACAUGGUGGCACAAUUCUGAAGAAAAAAAUUUCACAAAACAUGCAAAGAAACAGAAACAGUUGAAGAGCAGCUCCUGUGUCUAAGCCAGGUCGUGGGGCUGUCAAACCAGGACUUGAAACCACAAUGCAAGGACAUUCUCCAUCUGCGCACCACAGGGAGGCAAUUCCAUUUCUGCCCGGGAGAUGUAUUCUACAAAAACGUCUGCUUCCCAUCCCAAUUUGAAUGGACCAAGAAAAACUGCUUUACCAUAGGACACUUGUGGCAAUAUGGCACCGAUGGCUGGCGUCGGCGAACCCGACAGGCUAUGGACUUAUCAUUUAAUAAAGCAUUGAUUCAUUUUUUCAGUCA